GUAACUUCCGUUGUGGAACUACCUACUUUCGCUUUUGCAUAUCUUUUACUUUCGUUUUUACUGACUUCAAUAAUUUGAUUUAAAUACCGACGGUAUUCAGAAAACAUUAAAGAAAGAGGUCCACGAUACUCAUGGAGUUUUGACGAUGAUCAUGUAAACUAAGUAAACAACAAUAUGGCCACUAGGGAAAACGGAAUACCUAGAAUCCCGGACAAAAACAAUCCCCGAACAGAACAGUAUGUGCAUCAAAACGAACAAUCUAGGAUGGAUCAGACGAAUUCACUGAAAAAUGAAGAUGUGAAAUAUCCACCAAAUAUACCUGCAGGGCAGUUUUCGAAGUCUUCCAGAACUCCCUUAUCUUCAACUAGAUAUGGAGGAAAUUCAUUGUCCAGCACAACUGGAAGCACACAACAAAGCGCAUUCAACGCAACUGGAGGAAGAUUGCUGUCGGAAUCUCUACAUGAAAAAGGGAAAACAACAGUCCAUGGUAAGGCAAAUUUGUUAACAAAAGAAAAGGUCAACAUGAAGAGCGUAUUUUACAAUUUUUCUCCUGUAAUAGAAAAGAGUCUUAAUGUAAAGCAUUCAACAGUAUCAGUCAAAUUCGAAAGAAAUAGCGAGAAUGCGAUUUGUAUACUGCGAGGAACGCCGGAUGAUGUCAAAAAUGCUAAAAUAACCCUUCAAGAUAUGGAAAAAACGCUUUAUGAGACAAAGGUGAUUUUUUCUACAAAAACAGGCGACGCCUUUAGAGACUUUUCCAUCGAAGAUAUCAUCAGUGAUCUGUUGAAAGAUCAAUAUCCGGCAUGUGUCGCACAACAGCUAACAAAUGAAGUUCUCCUGUAUGGAUUUGAUAAAGGAGUCGUAGAAAAUGCGAAAAAGUUUCUUAGUAAAUCGAUAAAAGAGACCGACAUCCUGCUUUGUGGUCGUCUCAGGGAGAACAAAAAUCACGUUAUAGAACAUUUUGAGAACAAAUAUAAAAAUAAAAUCGUGGUAUAUGUAGAUAACGUGUGUCGGUUGCAUAUGGUAGGCCAGACGGAGGUAGUUAAGGAAGCAAGCACUGAGUGUGUAGACAUUAAUGAGGGAAGAAAGUCACUUUCAACGGAGGGUAUAUUUUCAAACUUGCAGCAAGAAGUAACAAGCGGAUUCGGGCCAGAGAAGCUGAAGCCGUUGUCAACUAGUUAUAAAGAGACUGUUUGUCCACAGGAAUUAACUAACACUACAACUACAAGUGAACCUCAAGAAAAAGUUUUGCGUAAUUCUGAAAACUUGCGCCAAAUGAGGACUUCCAUUAUUACUGAUGGGCUCGACAUUUCAAGUCCUAAUUCAGUGGAAUAUUUCACAAUGCACCAAAACGAGAGCGAAGUAGAUUUUUGUAUUAAAAAGUUUGGCGUUUUUCUUGAAAGGAAGCUUGUUUUCACCCGCGGAAAACUGAAAGUGAUAAACGAACUUCACAACGACAAUAGCUUACGGUCAUCCUCCGAAGGAAAACGUUUAGCUGUCGAGCAUUCUAGCUUUGAAAGUUUGAGAGCAGACGUUAAGUUUUUGCCAUCAAGAAUUGACCCAAAUAAAGGUGGAAGGUUUACAGCUAAAGAAAAUAUUAUCGAAAUGGCUGUUCCAUACAUGGUCAACGGAGGGCAAGAGGAUUAUAAAGAAUUGGAAACAAUUUUGAGUAAAGCUUUAGAGAAAGUUUCUGCUGGAAGCAAUGUAACUUCAGUUGCAUUUCGUAUAUGGCCUGUCGCAAACUGGGAUUUUGAUAACCUGAUGAAAUGCAUGUUGGACUUUUUUGUAAACUGGCUACUGACACGCUCACAUGACAAGCCAAUUUCGGUAUUGCUGUGCACCGAAGAACAUAAAGAUUUCAUAUGUACAGACGAAUACAUUUGCAAUUGUUUACGCACCAAACUCGAAGCAACAGAGUUGAAACUACCAACAGUCCGUAUUGUGAAAGGUUCCCUGGACAAGGCUGUUGCUGCUGUUAUAGUGAAUACAACAGCUUGUACUUUGGAUCUUUCUUAUGGCAAAGUAUCUUCCGCCCUUCUCAAGGCAGCUGGUCAGGAACUUCAGAACGAAUGUAAACAACAUCAUCCGACUGGUAUAAGAUAUGAUGAAAUAGCCGUCAUAGACAUGUUAAGAGAAUAUUCUAUAAUGUAUUCUUAGUAUACGCAAUACCAUGUUGCGAUGCAUCUGACUAUGGUUAUACGUCCAUAGCCUUUCCUGCCAUGGGAACUGGCUCCUUGGGUUACCCUCCUAAAGAAGUUGCUUCUGAAAUGAUAAUGGCUGUUGAGAGGUUUACACUUGAAUAUUCAAAACCGACUUCAAUCAAAGAAGUACAGCUUGUGAUUUUUCGGUCAGACACAACUCUGUUUCAGACAUUUCAGGAAAUGGAGAAGAAAUUAGAGUUGCAGAAAAAAUCCAUAGCCAAGAUGAAUGAUUAAAACGAUGCCCUUGCAAUCAGCGGAUUUGGUAACAAACACUGAAGGACAAUCAUACACGGAUGUGAAAAAUAAAAAUGGGAAACGAGGGUUUUCGAAUGCGCAAUAAAAGGUACCCACUCGGGAUACCAGAUUGAGCCAAAUGCUAUUCAGUGUGUAAUGUGAUAUGAAAAGAAUGUCGUUUAAUAUGCAUCGUACAAAUACUGAUAUGAACAACAUGAUUACAAAUGUAAACAAGAGGAUUGAUAAUAUCGAGCGCAAUAUUGAAAACAAAUUAACCAAUAAAUUAGAUAAUAGAUUAAAUAUGGAAGUGAAGAUAAUGAAAAUAGAAAUAAAAGAAACAAGAAAUAAUUUAAAUGCAAAGUUCAUUGCGGGGAUGACAGAUACAAACGAAACCGUUGAUGACAUCUAGGCAAUGAAAAAAAAAAUGCAUGAACCAAGAAGACAUUUCUUUGAACAUUGUUCUUAGGUAUGUACAUGAAACUAAAACAGAAAAUGUUUUGCAAACACUUAAUGACGUACUUCGGGAUGGGGUUAACGUAACUGCUAGAGCUGUUAAAGCUGUACGUAAAGGAUCGAUUGAGAACAGAAGAGAUUUCAGAGAUAUUACAGCAACCAUGGCUAAUUUCAGUGAUAAGUCAAGUGUUUUUAAAAAGAAAAACUUUCUUAAAAAAUGUCAGAAGCAUUAAGAUGUUUUUAUUUAUAAUGAUUAGUCAGUGGAAGACAGGCUACAGACCAGUAAGUUAAAGGAAAUAUUAGAGUCUGUGAAAAGGGGUGACGUCGAUAAACUUGAACUUCGCGGAUCAAGAUUAGUAGAAAAAUACGCAUAGGGUAUAGGAACUGGAGAAGUCAGGAAGCUACGAGCGAAAUGGCAAUAGCAAUUACAAUGGAAAGCAACGGGGAAAUGCUAGGAAAUAUAGAUAGGAACUUAUGGGUUCUGGAAUGUCAAUAAAUGGAACAUUAAUGAAGAAACAGACAAUAACAAAAUAAGAGAAUGUUGUGCAAUUUUGUAUCAAUUUGAUGUUUUACCAUUAGCGGAAACUCAUUUAAUAAGAAGAAAUGAACUAACUGAUUUUAAUAGAUAUUUAUUUUGGCUAGGUCAAAAUAGGGUUUCUCUACAUAAAAGAGCAAAAAUGGGAUCUGACGGGGUAGGGUAUUUAAUUAAAACAGACCUUCUGAAAGAAUGUGAUGUUCAAAUUGUUUUCGAAGAUUUUAUAUCAAGAUAUUUCAUGGGUUAAGCUAGUCAAUAAGUUUGACCAAAUGUACGAUGUUUAUAUCUGUGUUGGUUAAUUACCACCAGAAAACUCCACUCGGCAGAUUUUUGAUAAUCUGUUAUACAAUGUAAAGGAAUUUCAGAAAGAAACUCAAUGUAUUUAUGUGUGGUAUGACUCUAACAGCCACUGUGCUGAUAAUUUAGAUUUCAUACAAGCUGUAGAUGUUUUACCUGACAGAGAUGUUUUCUGUAAAUGCUUACGGCAAAUACUUACAGAUUUUACCACAAAAGUUUACUUAUUGAAUGAAUUAAAAGUAUCAAAAAUGCGAUUUUACAUUUAUUGGGCCUCAAGGCUGCUCAGUUGUAGACUUUUGUUUUGUGUAAGAACAGUGGUAGACCUGAUCAUUCGGUAUUAAAAUGGAAGUUGCAUUUAGAUAUUAUUUCUCAAGAUGUAAAUUUAAAAAGUGUAGAACUUUCUUGUUCAGAAACUGUUUUUGACACAAAGAAUUUCCCUCCAGAUUUCUUUUGGAAUGUUGAUUUAGAUUUAGCUAUACAAAUAGGAAAUUCCGAAGUGGUAAGCCGUGGUGGAAAGAUGAUUUAACUGCAUGGAAUGAAAUGAGUAAGGCAGAGAAAUGUUGGUUGAAAUGUAAAAAUGCGCAAAAGAAUAAUUUUGAACAUAUUUAUCUACAAAAGAGGAUAUAUUUUGACCACUGCGUAUAGCCUGCUAUAGGUUGCAUACUAAAAGCUUGCAAGAUGAAAUGGAAAAGUUGGCAGACACAAAUUGUAGUAAUGUCUGGGAAAAGAUACUUGAUAUUUUAAUCAAUAUUUUCUACUGGUAUGGUACCAUCUGCAUGGUCGGAAGGGAUCAUUACUCCUAUUCCAAAGAAUUCUACUGCAGACCCCCGUGAUCCUUUGUCAUAUAGAGGAAUCUCUUUGGCUCCAGUUAUUUAUAAAUUACAUGCGAGUGUUUUAAAUGAUAGAUGUUAUACACGAAGCAUAAUAGACCAUGUUACUUCGAUUACUAAUAUCAUAGAAACAGGAAGUCUGAAAAAGCAGUCAACAUUUGCUACAUUCAUUGAUUUUUAAAAGGCCUAUGAUUUUAUCAAUCGAUUUAAACUUUGGGACAGGUAUUCAUGGUAAAUUGCUACAUGCAAUUAUCUCAUUAUAUAAAGAUGUAAAAUGUUGUGUGAGAUUAAAUGAAUUUGAUAACUUUUGGUUCGAAACUAAACAAGGCUGCCCAUUGUCCCCUCUACUUUUUAAUUUGUUAAUAUAACCGACCUGGUAAAUGCACUUAAAAAAAUUGAAGUUGAACAGUAACAGCAAUUCGUAAAUGUUUUAGUUUUUUGCAUAUAAUUAUGGUUUAGCCAGUCAAAAGCGCCCGAUUAGUCACGUGCUCGCUCUUGUCCAAUCAUUAGUUUUCUAGGCAUUGUUCUUUGUUUUAUUGGCGAGGAAAGAUCCCUUGCCAAUUUUCGUUACAUAGUUCCAGGCUAAACCAACGUUCACAUUUAGUCACAGUCUGUCUCUCUUGGAGGCGGUUCCCCGUUUGGCGGUUUUUUUUGGUCGCCCAGAUAUUACGAUUCGGAAAUUUAUUACUUGUAUUGCUUUGUAAUGCUUGCACUGCUAUAAUGUUUAAUUUUGCCUUUUUAUGGCAUUUUAAUAAAUGCCCAUAUUUCAUUCAAAUCAGCUGUAUUUGUGUUUCUUCCUCAUCUCCAUACAAGUUCGCCUAGCCCAGGACAACCCUGACCAUGGACAAUACAUAAAUUAAAUAUAAUGCACUUCAGAACAAAGACAUUUACAAAUUAUAUGAUGCUACAGUUUGACCCGUUAUAAGUUAUGGGGUAUCAAAUUAGGGUUAUCGCUCAUUUUGCUGUAUAGAUGCCAUUCCAAAACGUACCAUGCGUUAUUUCUUAUGUACGGAAUCCUGUUUGGACCAUGUCGUA